AUGCAACAAGCUUUUCUGGAUGAGUAUUAUUCAAUGGCAAAGACCGACGAUGCUCGUGAUGAAAUUAGGUCUUUUCGCCAAUUUUCGGGCGAACUGUUGCAUGAAGCCUUCACAAGAUUUAGGGAGUUGAUGCGAAAGUGCCCACAUCAUCAAAUAGAAAAGUGGGAAUUGGUCAAAUGCUUUGUACGGGGUUUGGACGACAACACAUGGAACCGACUUGAAUCAACGAGCAAUGGGACCCUUCUAAGCAACCAUGAAGAUGAUGAUUGGGAGUUUUUGGAGCGGAUGAGCAAACGGUCAAAGGAAAAGGAAUCGGCCGACCGAGCCAAAAAGCACCCUACCUCAAGGUCAUGGCCCGAUCGUGAUGCAAGUUCUAAGGAUCGGAUUGAUACGUUGGAGCGGGAAUUGGCCCGCAUGAAGAAGAAGGAAGUGGGUGCGGUACAAUAUAGCGUAUGUGAAGAAUGUGGUGACAUCGGUCACCGGACCGAGAAUUGUCAAGCCACCGUGGAGGUGAAUCAAGUGUAUGGGGACCGAAGGCAAUAUGAUAUGAACUCUAACACUUACCACCCCGGGUUGAGGAACCAUCCUAACUUUAGGUAUGGUAAUGCCUCUAACCAAAUGAAUCCGAAUUUCCAAUCUGGAAAUCAAGGCGGGUAUUCGCACCAAACUCGCCAAAGAGGUUACAACCAAGAUGGUCGCGGGUUGACGAAUAAUCAAGGAGGUGGUGGUGAUUUGAAUGCAAAGAUGGAUGCAAUGCUUUUGAUGAUGCAAGAGUCCAAGAAAGAGAAUGAAAUUCGGGACAAAUCGCAUGAAGCAUUAGCGAAACAAGUUGGCCAACUUGCGGAGGAAAUGGCACAAAUGAGGGGGAGCAUGGGAAAGCUCCCAAGUGACACCACGGUGAACCCUAAGCAUCAAAGUUCAAGCACGGGCAAUGUGAGGAAUGUGCACAUUAGCGCGGUAAGUCUUCUUUCAAAUGAUGAGGUUUGUAGUAGUGUUGAAAGCAUUCCACCACAAUGCGUUGAUGGUGUAGUGGGAAAUACAAGAGAUGAGUUGGAAAUUGAGGAACGGUACCCACCGAAGGAUGAGAGGUGGGAAAAUUUUAAACAAGCAAAAAUUAAUUUACCGUUACUCGAUGACAUUAAAAAGGUUCCGGCUCAUGUGGAAUGCUUAAAGGAGUUAAGCAUCGAAAAACGGCACAACAAAUUACCCGAACCGGUUGAUUUGAUAUCACAUGUUAGUGCCGUUCUAUCGAGUGCCAUUCCUCAAAAAGCUCAAGAUCCGGGAGAUCCUCUUAUUCCAAUUCGAAUUGGAACCUUCAAAAUUGAGAGGGCGCUCCUCAAUCUUGGAGCUUGUACUCUCACGCAUCCAAGGGGGAUGGUGGAGGAUGUGAUUGUUAAGGUGGAUGAUUGCUACUACCCAGUUGGCUUUUUGGUAGUAGACUAUGUUGGGUGUGUUGAGGAUACCCAACCGGUAGUUAUCUUGGGUAGACCGUUCUUGGCAACUGCUAAUGCCAUAAUUAAUUGUGCAACGGGAACGGUAAGCAUGAAGUUUGGGGACCGGGAAUUAAAUUUAAAUGUUUUUCCAAAUUUCACUAACCCGCUCGGUGAGGAUAAGUGUCCUAAAAAGGACAUGAAUCCAAACAAAAAGGUGUGUGCUAUGGUUGGUAGGUUUGAAGAAACAAGGAAGAAAACAGUCAAGAAAAAGAAGGCGAAAAAGUCACCUCUAGAAAAGAAGAAGGAAGAUGAGGUGAGGAAAUUUGGACCGUUUGGCAACAAAUGGUAUGAAUCACCGGUGGGUGAUUUCGAGGAGUUUGUAGGCGGCAAGCAUGCCAUUCGACCACCAUGA